GUCUCAAUGGCUCGAAUCGGCGUUUACUUAGUGCUGUGCACUUACAUGGUCGUGAGUAGCGGCACCCAGACCCUAGUUCAUUCUCGACGACCCUGGCUCAACUUCACCAGCAGCUGUCGUAUCGUGGGUGGAAGUGAAAUCGACAUUUCGAAAGUACCAUUCCAGGUUUCGAUGGGUUAUUGCGGUGGAUCAAUUAUCAGUGAGCGAUGGAUCCUAAGCGCAGCCCAUUGCGUUCAUAGGGUAGAAGAUAGGAGACUACAAGUUCGUGUGGGGUCCUCUCGACGUCACACCGGUGGCCAACUGAUCAAUGUUAAACGGGUCCUAAAGCAUCCUGAGUAUAACGAAGACACAACUGAUUAUGAUUUCGCCCUUCUGAAACUGGCGAAAGCAGUCGGUUUGAACGAGAAGUUCUACGCAGUUGAACUGCCAGAACAGGAUGAACCGAUUACGGAGGGAACGUGUCUGCAGGUUUCCGGUUGGGGCGAUACGCACAAUGCAGAAGAAUCACACGAGCUGCUGCGGGCAACUAAAGUACCAUUGGUCAGUCAGGAAGUGUGUAGAAAGGCUUAUACAUCAAUGAUCACCGAUCGGAUGCUUUGUGCCGGCUACCAGGAAGGUGGUAAGGACGCUUGUCAAGGCGAUUCCGGUGGUCCACUGGUCGAUGGUAGAAAGCAGAUCGGAGUUGUAUCUUGGGGCCAUGGAUGUGCCAGACCAGGUUUUCCAGGAGUGUACGCGCGGGUAGCCGCUGUCCGAAAUUGGAUUAAGAAAAACAGUGGCGUGUAGUUCAAUGUUAGAAAUAGAGAUAGAAUUGUGACCUAUAUAUAGAAAUGACAAAACGUAAUAAAAUAC